CAGCCGCGGUGCAGGAAGCUUGUCCUUGGCGGGAUGCCGUAGUGGCCCUGGCCCGGUGGCUCAGUUGCCCCGCGAACAUGGCGGCCUCCGAGUCAGCGCCGGCGGUGAAUCCAGGCACCGCGGAGGCUGAGGAGGAGACGAUUCUCUAUGACUUGUUGGUCAACACCGAGUGGCCCUCGGAGACAGAAGUGCAGUCUAGAGGCAACAGAAAACAUGGUGCAUACUUUAUCAUCACCAAAGCAAUUAGAGGAAUAACAGAAUUGCAAUUCAGGGCAUGCAAGUUACAGCAAAACUACAGCCAAGUUCAACAGAGGAGGGGAACGUUAUUUUCUGGAGGAGGAAGAAGUUAUCGUUUAUUAUUUUUACGCCAAUACAUCUGGUACAGCCCUGUGCCUUUUUUGCUCCCUGAUGGACUGGUUCGCUUGGUUAAUAAACAGAUACAUUGGCAUUUGGUACUUGCAAGCAAUGGAAAAAUUUUGGCUGCUGUUCAAGAUCAGUGUGUGGAGAUCAGGUCCGCAAAAGAUGAUUUUACAUCCAUUAUUGGGAAAUGUCAAGUUCCAAAAGACCCAAAACCCCAGUGGAGACGUGUAGCGUGGAGUUACGAUUGUACCCUGCUGGCCUACGCUGAAAGUACGGGAACCGUGAGGGUGUUUGAUCUCAUGGGAAGCGAACUCUUUGUUAUUACCCCGGCAUCCAGUUUAGCAGGUGAUUUGAGCUGUGCCAUUGCUGGGUUGAUAUUUUUAGAAUAUAAAGCCAGUGCACAGUGGUCUGCAGAACUCCUGGUCAUCAAUUACCGAGGAGAACUUAAAAGUUACCUCGUAAGUGUUGGAACAAAUCAGAGCUAUCAAGAGAGUCACUGUUUCAGCUUCAGUAGUCAUUAUCCUCACGGAAUCAACACAGCUAUUUACCAUCCUGGUCACAGACUUUUACUGGUUGGUGGAUGCGAAACUGCUGAAGUGGGCAUAUCCAAAGCGUCUAGCUAUGGCCUAUCUGCCUGGAGAGUUCUUUCAGGAUCGCCUUAUUAUAAGCAGGUUACUAAUGGUGGAGACAGGGUCACUGCAGUACCGAAGACCCUGGGAUUGUUAAGGAUGUUAAGUGUCAAGUUUUAUAGUCGCCCAGGACAAGAACAGGAUGGGAUCUUUAAGAUGAGCCUCUCUCCAGAUGGGACCCUCCUUGCUGCCAUUCAUUUCUCAGGGAAACUAAGCAUCUGGGCCAUUCCGUCUCUGAAGCAGCAAGGGGAAUGGAAUCAAAAUGAGCAGCCAGGCUAUGACGACCUUAAUCCUGACUGGAGGCUCUCUCCUGAGAAGAGAAAAAAAAUCAAAGAUAAAGAGUCCCUUUACCCACUGAUUGAUGUAAAUUGGUGGGCAGCCAGUGCAGUGACUUUGGCUCGCUGUUCUGGUGCUUUGACGGUUUCGUCGGUGAAAACUUUGAAGAAUUUACUGGGAAAAUCCUGUGAGUGGUUUGAACCAUCACCUCAAGUCACUGCUACCCAUGAUGGAGGAUUUUUAAGUUUGGAGUGUGAGAUUAAACUUGCUCCCAAACGAUCUCGUUUGGAGACUAGGGGUGGAGACGAAGAUGAAGGUGAAGAGGAUUCGGAUUCCGAUCAGGAAAUAUCCGCGAAGGCUCGCUACUUCGGCUACAUAAAGCAGGGCCUGUACCUGGUGACGGAGAUGGAGCGAUUUGCGCCUCCGCGGAAACGCCCGCGAACCAUUACUAAAAACUACCGCCUCGUGAGUUUGCGCUCCACGACUCCAGAAGAGCUUUAUCAGAGAAAGAUUGAAAGUGAAGAAUAUGAGGAAGCCUUGUCUCUGGCUCAGACGUACGGCCUGGACACUGACCUAGUGUAUCAGAGACAGUGGAGGAAGUCCGCGGUCAACAUUGCUUCCAUUCAGAGUUACUUGAGUAAAAUAAAGAAACGAUCUUGGGUUCUUCAUGAGUGUUUGGAAAGGGUUCCCGAAAAUGUGGACGCUGCAAAGGAACUGCUUCAGUAUGGAUUGAAAGGCACAGACCUGGAGGCCCUGGUGGCGAUAGGGAAAGGAGCAGAUGAUGGCAGAUUUACAUUACCUGGUGAAGUAGACAUUGACAAUCUCCCCUAUGAAGAGCUUUCACCACCUGAUGAAGAGUCUGCCAAGAAUAAGAAGGAGAAGGAGAUGAAGAGGAGACAGGAACUACUUAAAUUAGUAAACUUUUCGAAGUUAACACUGGAGCAAAAGGAACUUUGCCGUUGUCGGCUGAAAUUAUUAACCUACUUAGAUCGGCUUGCAACAUACGAGGAAAUCCUGGGAGUACCUCAUGCAUCUGAACAGAGAUAUGAUGCUGAAUUCUUUAAGAAGUUCAGGAAUCAGAAUAUUGUUCUCUCAGCAAGAACUUAUGCUCGGGAAAGUAAUGUACAAGCCCUAGAAAUUCUGUUCACUUAUCAUGGAUCAGACCUGCUUCCUCAUCGCCUCGCGAUUCUCUCCAACUUCCCAGAGACCACUUCUCCACAUGAAUAUUCUGUCUUGCUGCCUGAAGCUUGUUAUAACGGAGACUCCUUGGUGCUCAUUCCCUGGCGUGAACACAAACACCGGGACAAAGAUUGGUGUGAGGAGCCGGAGUGCAGAAUGGUGGUCGAGCCGCGUCUGCAAGAUGAAAGUGAAUUCUUGUAUGCCGCACAGCCUGAGUUGCUGAGGUACAGGACGCCGCCGCUCACGGUAGAGAAGGUUGUGGACUGGUAUCAGACAAGAGCAGAGGAAAUAGAGCAUUAUGCUCGGCAGGUCGACUGUGCAUUGUCACUCAUUCGACUCGGAAUGGAGCGGAACAUUCCCGGUUUGCUGGUUCUCUGUGAUAAUUUGGUUACCCUGGAAGCCUUGGUUUAUGAAGCCGGGUGCGAUUUAACCCUAACCUUGAAAGAACUCCAGCAGAUGAAAGACAUUGAAAAACUAAGAUUGCUGAUGAGUAGUUGUUCUGAGGACAAGUAUGUGACAAGUGCCUACCAGUGGAUGGUUCCCUUCCUUCAUCGUUGUGAGAAACAGUCUCCUGGUGUGGCUAAUGAGCUAUUAAAAGAAUAUUUAGUAACUUUGGCUAAAGGGGACUUAAAAUUUCCCCUGAAGAUAUUUCAGCAGUCCAAACCAGAUCUGCAGCAAAAAAUUAUUCCGGAUCAGAACCAACUGAUGGCAGUCGCUCUAGAGUGUAUCUACAACUGUGAACGAAAUGACCAGCUGUCCCUUUGUUAUGACAUAUUAGAAUGUCUUCCACAAAGAGGAUACGGUCCUAAAACCGAGGCAACCGCAGCUCUUCAUGAUAUGGUAGACCAACUGGAACAAAUUCUCAGUGUGUCAGAGCUUUUGGAGAAACACGGACUUGAGAAACCGAUUUCGUUUGUUAAGAACACUCAGUCUAGUUCAGAAGAGGCACGUGCGCUGAUGGUCAGAUUGACCAGGCAUACUGGUCGGAAGCAGCCUCCGGUCAGUGAGUCUCAUUGGAGAAUGUUGUUGCAGGACAUGUUAACUAUGCAGCAGAAUGUUUACACCUGCCUGGAUUCUGAUGCUUGCUAUGAGAUAUUUACAGAAAGCCUUUUGUGUUCCAGUCGCCUUGAAAACAUCCACUUAGCUGGUCACAUGAUGCACUGCAGUGCUUGUUCGGUAAAUCCGCCAGCUAGCGCGGCCCGUAAAGGAAAGACCCAGUGCAGGGUCAGUUAUGAAAGGAGUAUUGACUUGGUUUUGGCUGCCAGCAGAGAGUACUUUAACGCUUCUACCAGCCUCACUGAUAGCUGCAUGGAUCUGGCCAGGUGCUGCUUACAGCUGAUAACAGAUAGACCUGUGGCCAUUCAAGAGGAGCUCGAUCUUAUCCAAGCCCUUGGAUGUCUUGAAGAAUUUGGGGUAAAGAUCCUGCCUUUGCAAGUGCGACUGUGCUCUGAUCGGAUCGGCCUCAUCAAGCAGUGUAUCUGCCAAUCCCCCACGUGCUACAGACAGUCCGCCAAGCUUCUGGGCCUUGCUGACUUGCUGAGGGUAGCAGGUGAAGACCCAGAAGAAAGGCGUGGACAGGUUCUGAUCCUUCUAGUGGAACAGGCACUUCGUUUCCAUGACUACAAAGCAGCCAAUGUGCAUUGUCAGGAGCUGAUGGCCACAGGUUAUUCUAAGAGUUGGGAUGUUUGUAGCCAGUUAGGACAAUCAGAAAAUUACCAGGACUUGGCCACGCGUCAGGAGCUCAUGGCUUUUGCUUUGACACAUUGCCCUCCUGGCAGCAUUGAACUUCUUCUGGCAGCGAGCAGCAAUCUGCAGACAGAAAUUCUUUAUCAAAAAGUGAAUGUCCAGAUCCAUCCAGAAGGAGGAGAGAGUAUCAGUGUUUCACCGUUAAUUAGUAAAGCGCUUCACGAGGGUGAAGCCAGCAUUCCUGGCAGCAACACAGACCUGUUCCACUGGGGCACCGCGGCCACCAUGAAAGUCCUGUCCAGCACCACGACCACCACCAAGGCCGUGCUGCAGGCCGUGAGUGAUGGGCAGUGGUGGAAGAAGUCUUUAACUUACCUUCGGCCACUUCAAGGGCGAGAGUUUGGCGGUGCUUAUCAAACGGGAACCAUAGCCAAUGAAGGGCUAGAAAGACAAGGGUACCAUCCUUUUUAUGAAUCUGUCCUCUCCGAUCCCUUUGUCACAGAGUCUGCAGUGACCUGUGACCCGUAUCAGCACGUUCCAGUAGAAAGCUUUGCAGAAGUAUUGCUAAGAACUGGAAAACUGGCUGAGACGAAAACUGAAGGGGAGGAGGUAUUUCCAACAACAGAAGUUCUCCUGCAGCUGGCAAGUGAUGCUUUACCAAGUGACAUGACCUUGGCUCUGGCGUACCUCCUGGCCUUACCACAGGUGUUAGAUGCUAACAAGUGCUUUGAAAAGCAGGCCCACUCUGCUUUAUCUCUCCAGCUGGCAGCAUAUUACUAUAGCCUCCAGAUCUAUGCCCGACUGGCUCCAUGUUUCAGGGACAAGUGCCAUCCUCUUUACAGGGCUGAUCCCAAGGAGCUCAUCAAGAUGGUCACCAGGCAUGUGACUCGAUAUGGACACGACGCCUGGCCAGAGGACCUGGUUUCACUGACCAAGCAGUUACACUACUACAACGAACGGCUCCUGGAUUUCACGCAGGCCCAGAUCCUUCAGGGCCUCCGGAAGGGUGUGGAUGUACAGCGGUUUACGGCAGAUGACCAGUAUAAAAGGGAAACUAUCCUUGGUUUGGCAGAAACACUUGAGGAGAACGUCUACAGCAUUGCCCUUUCUCUGGCACAGCGUUACAGUGUCUCCCGCUGGGAAGUUCUCAUGACGCAUUUGGAGUUCCUGUUCACGGACAGCGGUUUGUCCACAGUAGAAAUUGAAAAUCGAGCCCAAGCCCUUCAUCUCUUUGAGACUUUGAAGACUGAUCCUGAAGCCUUUCACAAGCACAUGGUCAAGUAUAUUUACCCCGCUAUAGGUGGCUUUGAUCACGAAAGGUUGCUAUAUUAUUUCUCUCUUCUGGAAAGCUGUGGCUGUGCAGAUUUGGGGCAAUAUGCCAUUAAGCCAGAAACGCACAUUCGGCUGCUGAAGAAAUUUAAGGUCGUUGCUGCAGGUCUUAAUUACAAAAAGCUGACCGAUGACAGCACGAAUCCUCUUGAAGCCCUGGAGCCAGUUCUUUCAAGUCAAAAUAUCUUAUCUAUUUCCAAACUUGUUCCCAAAAUCCCCGCAAAGGAUGGACACAUGCUUUCCCCGAGCUCUCUGUACGCCAUCUGGCUGCAGAAGCUGUUCUGGACUGGAGACCCGCACCUCAUUAAACAAGUCCCGGGGUCCUCACCCGAGUGGCUCCGCGCCUAUGAUGUCUGCGUGAAGUACUUUGAUCGCCUCCACCCGGGCGACCUCCUCACGGUGGUGGAUGCCAUUACAUUUUCUCCGAAAGCUGUGACCAAGCUGUCCGUGGAAGCACGCAAAGAGAUGACUAGAAAGGCUGUCCAGGCAGUCCAGCAUUUUAUUGAAAAGCCGCGGAAAAGAAGUUCAGAAGAUGACAUUCAAGAAGCUAGUGACUCUAAAAUCACCUAUGCGGAUGCCCGGGGCCAUCUGGAGAAAUCUCUUGCUCACCUGGAAACCCUCAACCACAGCUUCCUUGUUUCUCUGAGGAAUAGUGAGCAGGAAGUGCUGCAGAAAUACAGUCGCCUGUAUGAUCUGUCCCGAUCAGAAAAGGGGAAAGUUCACGAUCAAGCUGUGGCCAUGUGUCUAGAUGGCCUGCCUCUGAGAAUGAUCCAGAAGCUGCUGCAGGUGGCCGUGGGCCCUCUCGACAUCUCGCCCAAGGACGUAGUACAGAAUGCAGUGAGGAGAAUAGUUUCUGCCCUGAGUGGAGACAGCGCUGAGCUUGGUGGGCCCAGGGACCCCCUCCAGGUCCUGGAAGGUGUUGUCGCAGCCGUCCAUGCCAGCGUGGACAAGGGGGAAGACCUGGUUUCCUCUGAGGACCUGCUGGUGUGGCUGCGGCCUUUCUGUGCUGACGACACCUGGCCCGUGAGGCCCCGCAUUCAGGUGCUGCAGAUUUUGGGACAGUCAUUUAACCUGAGUGAGGAGGAUGGCAAGCUCCUUGUGUUCUUUCGAACGGAAGCCAUUCUCAAAGCCGCUUGGCCCCAGAGACAGGUGGACAUAGCUGACGUCGAGAAUGAAGAAAACCGCUAUUCUCUCUUCGUGGAGCUCCUGGAAUGUAGCCACCAGGAGGUCGAAUUUCAGCACUUGGUUUUGCUCCUGCAAGCUUGGCCGCCUAUGAAACACGACCACGUGUCCAGCAUAACCAGCAAUCCGUGGGUGAGACUGGCAACAGCCAUGCUGACCAGGUGCACAUCGGAGAACAAGGACGGACUGGGGAAUGAGGUUUUGAGAAUGUGCCGCUCUUUAUAUGACACCAAGCAGAUGCUCCCCGCAGAGGGUGUGAGGGCGCUGAGCUCAUUGCUGCUCAGCCAGUCCCUGCCGCUCCCAGCCCUGAAGCUUCUCCUCGAGAGCCAGGACGACGGCCUUCACGCCAUGGCGCUGGAGCACAUCACCGCCUUCGUCCAGGUGAAUGACUCCAACUGUGACCAAGAACUUCUUUCCCUGCUCCUGGACGCCAGGCUGCUGGCCAAGUGCAUCUCUACUCCCUUCUACCCGCGAAUCAUCGAGCACCUCUUGGCCAGCCCGCAGCAGGGGCCCUGGGAUGCGGAGGGGCUGGCCAGACACCUGCGAGAGGCCGGCCACGGAGCCGAAGCUGGGUCGCUCCUUCUGGCCGUGCGGGGGACGCACCGGGCCUUGCGAACCUUCAACGCGGCGCUCAGCGCGGGAGAGCACUGGGUGUGAGUCUGGUCCGGGCCUGCGUGGUCGAGGUUUCUCAGCCACCCGGUGGGAAGGAACCCCAAAGCCAAAUGCUGUUCCAUGGGCCACGUGUCCACCUGCUGAUCAUUCUCAGUGGUUCCAAAAAUGCAAAUAAAGCUGUAUAUAAGUGA